AUGGAUUUCAUCAAGACCAGUUCCCUGCGUGCUCUGAUUGAGUUAACUUUCCAACGCAAUUGGAAUGGCAUCAUUUGGAUGAGUAGAAAAGGAGUUAUGAAGAGUGAAGACUGUCCAGACGGCUAUCGAGCGCACACCGGCGGACCGAGGAACGAACGUACCGCGAUCGCCCGCACGUAUCCGCAUCCCGCCAAGUCAGGCCGGCUCACGUCCGACCCGGGAAACAACGUCCCGCGGUCGGCCGUUCCACCUGCCACCACAAGCCGUGCACGACCGCGCGCGCGAACCGGGAAGCAAGCCUCGCGGCCGCGCACACCCAUGUACCGCGGCCGACCCAUCCGUCCGACAGGAAGCACGUCCCGUCCGGCCAAGUUUCAUCGGCCAAAUCCAUCCGUCCGACCACGCGGCCGACCGAAAACAUCGGCCACGACCGUUCCGACCGUACCGACGACCCGAUCUGAUCCGGCCGAUCGUCCCCCGACCGUCCGAACGUCCGUCGACCCGAAGCCCGUUUUGAACACGUUUUCAAGCCCGGCUUAA